AUGCCUGUCGUCCAUCUACAACUGCAGUUGCUUAGUUUCCUACUCUUGGCCAACUUGGCUUUUGCCGGCCUGUUCAGUUUCAGCAUCCAAGAGAUAAGCGUUGGAGAGACUCGCGGUCGGGGCGAGGACUAUUUGAUCCUAGCCAUCGCAUCCACUACGGGUUCUAGUACUAACAACAAGACUUGGCCGCUCACUGCAGUUGUACAGAACCAGACGAUCAAGUGGACCAACCUCACUCAAGAAAUCCAGGUCCUGCCGGCUAGUGUAUCUAACUUGUCUGUGGCAAUUGGCAUUAUGAACAACCCGGACGAUGAUGCGGCUAGCGCAGUAGAGACAACUAGUCAAUUCUUAGAAAGUAUAGCCGGAGUUGCGGGAAAAGCCCCUGGGAUACUGGGUCUAGCAGCGGAUGUCCUAGGCACGUUCCUCGGCUUCAUUGGCGACUUCUUCGAAGAAUUGCUCGACUGUGCUGGUGCUGUCGUCGUCGGCAACGCCAUCUACACUCCAGAUACCCUCAACAGUCUCAACCAGAAUCAAAAGAUCUGUGACACGAAUGAUUAUUCGUAUUCAGCACCUAAUGUCUGUGGCGGCGGAAACUCGAGUUACACGGUCACGUACUGCCUUGAACGUCUAGACGCCAAAUCUGCGGCGGCAAACUUACUGCCUGGCCUUUUCCUACCCUUGUUUGGCCUUGCGGUCGUAUUGAUUUGCGGAGGUUACGGAUCGUUCUUGUAA